AUGGAAAACAACAUUCACAUGGUACACGCCUGUGUAGUAAACAGCAAGCGUCUGAUUGGUCAUCAGCAGAGAAUGGUACCUUGUGACGUCCUUCUUUACCGUCCAGAUAAUGCCGGUGGCACGCGGCUCUGCCGUGCAGCUGCGGAGGAUCUCGACGCCGCCGAGCCAGACGCCGAAGAUCCGGUCGAAUUGGCGGCCCUUGCAGGUCGCGGUCCACUCGAGCACGAUUUUGGCGAAUUUCUGGGAGAGGCAGCUGGAGGGGGGUUUGUAGUCGGCGAGGACUGGGGGUUUGCCGUAUGUGUAAGCAAAUUCGUGCUCGAGGACUGUGAGCAAGGUUUGGUGUUUGGGACGGUGAUGGGUUUUGUGACUUCGAAGAAGGUGGUCGGAGGAGUGUCGGCGGCGGGCUGUGAGGCGGGGUUGGGGAUGGAUUCCGAUCGGAACAGGGCGGAGGUAGUGCGGAGGUUCGCGGCGGCGAGCGGCGGGCGGUGGAGGAGGGUGAGGAUGGGGAGGAGCAGGAGGAGAGAGAAAGUGGGAGCCAUUUUCACUGAGCUGAGCUCAGUGUGGCCGUGUGGGGUUUUUAACUUUUUAUCGAACUAA